AUGACAUUCCCAAGCGCAGGAUGUCAAACUUGUAAGCUCCGAAGAAUCAAGUGCGAUGAGACUCAACCGGUCUGCCAAAGAUGCAUGAAAUCCGGGCGAAUGUGCCAAGGCAUGCGAAGACCAGGUUCUGUGGUCCAUAGCGAGAACUCUUACGCCAGUGGAAAUAAGAAACGCCCUAGAGGGCCUCGUUCUACUUUUGCUGUAGAGGCUAUGCGCAGUUCUAAACCCGCCCCGCAACAUGGAUUGGUGGAUCUGAAAGCGGAAGCAACUGGGUAUUAUGUGCACUAUUACUUGCAGUCGCUACCAAAUAUCUUGGACAUUUCCAAGAGUGUCCUUGAUGAUUUCAUGCCAAUAUGGCUGUCCAAAGCGGAAAAUAGAAUGCUUGAUCUUGCUCUGUCUUCCAUGGCCUUGGCGGUAUUUUCACAGGCGCGGCAGCAUACACGGGCAGCCCUGGACGCUUCUACGAAUUAUCAACAGCUCCUACGGACUACGCGUGGGACCAUCUGCUCUCUGUAUGAAGGCAAUAUUGACGCUUGGCUCCUUGCAAUAUUUUUCAUGAGUCGGUAUGAACAAGUGGUACAUCUUCCACGGCAGCGCCACUCGACAGCUACCUCUGCUGUGAAUCUGCAGACUUUCUCUCAUCAUGAUGGGGCAUUAGCAAUAUUGAAGACUUGGAAAGAGAGUUUAAGCCAUUACCACCCUCCGACGAGUAUUAUUAAACAUACCAGGCGUGGAAUGAUCAGGUCUGCGUUAUUGAGAAAGCUUGCCUUGCCGGACUGGAUUUUAGAUGGUGCUGCCUUUGGCGAAGAAGGCUGGGAACUUGAGUAUGACUAUCUCAGUGUUCGAAUUACCAAUCUGCGUUACCAAGUAUCCCUGCUUGUUAAAGAGGCCGCCACGCAAGACACGUCGCCAGAGUUUACUUCCGCAGCUCGGGCCCUCAAUAAUGAAGCAUGCGAGAUUGACAACGGAUUGAAAGUCUGGAAUUCCCGUUUCCCGCAUGCAUGGUCAACCCAGCGACACACUUUAUCGGAUCCUCCUCCUUUACCGACAACAUUUUUCUAUUCCUCGACCGUCCUCACUUGUUCAAGUGUUGCCUACACAGCCGUUUGGAGUCAAUAUUACGCCAUGAGAAUGCUUCAUAACAGUACACACUUGAAGAUACUAGGCCUGUGCCAUCCGAAUCCGGAUGCCUUCGAUGAGACCCAGCGGUUGGAAUGCGUUUCUUGUGUCGAGAAUAUGGCCAAUGAUUUAGCAUCUAGCAUACCAUUCUCUCUAAAAAAGUUUGAGGUUGUUGAUAACACAAACUCAUCUGAAGACCAAACUCUUGUGACCAUGAUUACGAACGAUGACCUGAAGCCACCAUUGGCAAGUAUGACAGUAUGGCCUUUGUCUAUCGCAUCGUGUCUAGGAGAUGUGAAAGUCGAGCAGAGAUUGUGGUUUAGAGAUAUUCUUUCACGUCUUGGGAGAAUGCUGGGUGAUAGGGUCAUUGAAAGUGAGGGCGACCAAUGGUUUGAGCUUUAA